CACUGUUGGUGGUUGAGCUUUUGGUCCAACUAGAAAUUUACUUUUGUUUGAGUAAAGUUUUUUAGUUAGGCAGAAUGAGCAUUCCGCUGAAGCACUUCAAGAAAGGUUCGCGAAAGCCGGAGCUGCCCGAAGAUGGAGUCUUGCGCUUCUACUCUAUGCGCUUCUGUCCAUACUCGGAACGCGCUGCCUUGGUGCUGGCGGCCAAGAAGAUUCCCCAUCACAAGGUGUAUAUCGAUCUGAGCGAGAAGCCCGAUUGGUAUACGGAUUACAGUCCGCUGGGCAAGGUGCCGGCAAUUCAAUUGACCGCAGUCACUGGACAACCGGCUUUGGUUGAGUCCCUGGUUAUAGCCGAGUAUCUGGACGAACAGUAUCCGGAACGCAAACUCUUCCCUACAGAUCCCCUGCAAAAAGCUCUGGACAAAAUACUCAUUGAGCGCCUGUCACCAGCUGUUAGCGCCGUCUAUCCGGUUUUCUUUACGACCAAUCCUCCCGAGGAUGCGCUGCCAAAGUUUGAGAAGGCAUUGGAUAUCUUUGAGGAGGAGAUUAGCAAGCGUGGAACACCCUAUUUUGGUGGCCAACAAAUCGGCAUGGUGGACUACAUGCUCUGGCCUUGGUUUGAGCGUUUCCCGGCACUAAAGCAUGUGCUGGCCGAGAAAUACGAGCUGGACAAGCAGCGUUUUGCAAAUCUAUUAAAAUGGCGCGAUCUCGUGGCGCAGGACGAAGCUGUCCGGCAAACGGCAUUAGACAGUGGAGUGCAUGCCAAAUUCAUGCUCACCCGCCAGGAGGGAAAGCCCAACUAUGAUGUGGCCUUCGAACCCUUGUCUAAUCUGUAGAUCUAGGAAUCCUUGAUGGAACUAUACAGGAGAAUAAAUAUUCCUUUAAAGUUGUUGAGGCUGCUCGU